CCCGAGUUGGCUCAUCCGAUGUUAUGUCUUGACUAUUUCGCACGUCUUUAUCGCGGCGGCGUCUUUCGGCGGAGUCAUGACAACCGGACGAAUUUACUAAUUAACGCGCAUUAAGGAAUUCCAUAAACCUUCCCAAUAAAGAUGAACAUGGAUGACAAGUUGGAGGGCAUGCUGCUGAAGUGCAGCAGUGGGGGAGGAGAUGGAGGAAGGGCAGGGCUCGGAAGUGGAGGGGGCCUGGUGGUGAUGACCCUGGGAGAAAGAUCACUGGUCAGCCACCCUCUCCUGGCUGAGGAUGACGAAGACGAAGAUGACGAAGACGACUUGACCGAGAGAGCAAUGGUUACACACGACCUGAUCCCGCCGGAGCAAUUAAUGGUGCAGGAGACCGCCAAGAAUGAUGGAGGAGGAGGAGAGGUGGGAAUGCAUUUCCCUCUAAAGCUCUCCAAUAAGCUGCCCUGCUCACUCCACAUGCCACUGAACAUCAAGCAGGAGCUGAAGCUGACGGAACCGUUAGUCCAGAUGAAGAAGGAGAAGAAGCAAGUGAAAGACCUGAUGGUGUGUCCAAAAAAGAAGAAGAGGAAGCAACGCUCGCCUGCUAAGAUUCUCACUAUCAAUGAUGAUGGAUCAUUGGGCCUCCAAAACCCCAAGUGUCAUGUUUGUGUUCACUGUAAUGCUGCAUUCAGAACAAACUACCAUCUGCAGAGGCAUGUCUUCAUCCACACCGGUGAGAAGCCGUUUCAGUGUAGCCAGUGUGACAUGCGCUUCAUCCAGAAGUAUCUGCUCCAGAGACACGAGAAGAUCCAUACUGGGGAGAAGCCCUUUCGCUGCGACGAGUGUGGAAUGAGGUUCAUCCAGAAGUACCACAUGGAGAGACACAAGAGGACCCACAGUGGAGAGAAGCCCUACCAGUGUGACUACUGUCACCAGUACUUUUCCAGAACAGACCGGGUUUUGAAGCACAGGCGAAUGUGCCAUGAGAACAGGGAGAGGAAGACCCUAAAGGCUGCCGGGAAAGUUGGACCCCUGCUCGACGCAGAACCUAUAGGCCCAUCCUUUCCUGCCAAAGAGUGCUCACUGCCGAAGAAAAAGCGUCCAAAGGGCUCUGAAAAAUCGCAGAGCUCAGCUGCGUCUAUGGCUGUCCAGAAAGGGCAUGCAGCUGCUGUCCUGGGUGCAGGAGAGAAAGAAGAGCAGAGGCAGAGCAAAAUUGAAUGUCUACCUCUUUCUGCUGUCUCUUCAAAAGUAAAACAUGAAUAUGUAAUAGCAGACUAUUCUGUGGAACUUCCAGAAGAAUCAGGCGGCCGCCAAGAAGAGGGGGAAGAGUCAUCGGAGGAGAUUUCCCCUCCUAAACUGGUCCUGAAGAAAAUUGCUAAGAGGAGUCUUAAACAGCCCAUUGAACAACCCCCUCCCAGCCUGUCCCCUUUGUCUUCCUUUGAGGAGAGCAAGGUUACUAGGUACACAUUUGAGAUUGUGGACAAACAAGGCCUUCUGGAUGUAGAGAGUAACACUGAUCUUGAGCCUGUUGAAACCCUUCAAGGAGGACAAACUAAGCCAUCAGUGAACAGCACAAAUUAUGAUGAUGCGAUGCAGUUCCUCAAGAAAAAGCGGUAUUUGCAGGCUGCAGUGACCAAUAACAGUCGGGAUUAUGCUCUUAAUGUAAGCAGCAUCUCUUCUCAGCCAUCUGUUCCACAAACUGUUGUGUCAACAGUCAUUGAUGAAACUGUGCCUGCCACCAUCCUAGAGCCCCAACCCAUCAACGCGGAAAUUAAGGCAACCCAUGACAAAAACAUGCUGCCGGACGAGGUUCUCCAGACUCUGUUGGACCACUAUUCCAACAAAACCAGCGGGCAGUCAGACAUCUCCUUCAGUGUGGCUGACACAGAGGUGACCUCCAGCAUAUCAAUCAACUCCUCCGAUGUUUCUGACAGUAGCCCUGUGGAGAGCGUAGGAGCCUCCAGCACACAGACACAGCCACCAACUGAAAAGGUCAGUCUCAUGCAUGAGUAUUCCAAGUUCCUCCAGCAAGCCCUGGAGAGGACCAGCCAGAAUGACAGCUACCUGAGCAGCCAAAGCCUCAACUUGGUCUCUGAGAGCCCCACCCUAGCUGGGCAGCCACUUUUCUCUACAGAGAAACAGUUCCCUUCCCCCAGCAGGUUUAAAUCAGGAAUGAGCUCUCCGCUCAGAUCUACUUUAGAUAAACCUCACUUUGGAUUACUGGUAGGGGAUUCCCAGCAUUCAUUUUCAUUUUCAGGUGACGAGACCACCCCUCCCUCUGCAGUAUCUCCAUCUGAGGAAGACUUUCUUGAACAGGUGUCACCCUCAAAAAAGUCAGAAUCUUCACAAGGGAUGCUACAGACCUUUCAAAUCAGCACCUUUGAUCAGAACUUUAGAUCUCAUUUUCAGAGCUCAAGGUCAGCAGCAUCUUCGCAGUUUACCAUCGCCAACGGGCAGGCUAAUCUGCGAGGGCAUAGCACAGACUUCUCUGAGUUCCCCUUAGUUACAGUCACUGAGACCAGGCCUCAACUCAACUCCUCCCCUGACGUUUCAUCUAGUGAAACCUAUGGUUGAGAUGGGGGAAAGAUUCAGAUCUCUAACCAUUACAAUGGCACUUUAUAUCCUGUGUCCUCUAUUCUGCCAAAACAGGUCUCAUAGCAGAUGUGUACUUUUAAAAGCUCAAAGCAUUGUGUUGAAAAAGAAAUUACUCUGUGGUUGUUUUUGUUUUGUUUUUGUUUUUUUCUGGAUACGUUUAGUUUAACAAAAUGGGAAUAAUGGAAAUGGAAAAUAAAUAAAAAGCAUAUCUCCUCAAAAGAAGAAUAUAAAAUUUUAGAGAUGCAUGGGGGUAUUUCAUGUUCCAUUCAAAGAAGAAUGUACAUCAAGAGAUUAGCGACCAAAGUAAAAUGCAAGGGAUGUAAUGUAAGUUCAGUCAUAUCAUUGCCAUGAAUUAAUUUGCAUUUCAAUUUUGUGUUUGUUAAUCAUUUUUGCCAAACAGUUGCUAGCAUAAGAUGAUAAUCAAGAGACUCGUCGCUUAACGCAGUGUCACUUGCAGUUGUCAAUGCAGUUCCCUAAAAUGUAGGCAUAUACCAUGCCGUUUUGCAGUUUGCUACCUCCCCCUGCUAUUUUUUUCUGGUAGUGAAAAAUCAAAUAAUCAGGAGCGAUUGAGAUUGAUUUCUAUCAUUCCUAGGCACUUUUUACCCUGACUGCUAAAAACCCGUGUCAGAUGUCCUGUAGAAAUGAAAUUAUUGCAAUACCAAUGUUGAUUAUUUGUCUUAAGUUGAACUCAUUAUGAAUAUGUCACCCAAAACAAGUUUUACCAAUGAAGUUAAAUGAAUGCCUCUCUCUCUCUCUCUCUCUCUCUCUCUCUCUCUCUCUCUCUCUCUCUCUCUCUCUCUCAUUUUUGUCUUGCCUGUGUGGCUGGCUUUAAAAGCACAGAUUAUCAGAAUUAUUUGACUUUCAUUCCCCUAAAGUGUAAUCAAUGGCAAGGCUGUCUGUUAAGAAGACACCAUUGUUUUGGGUUCUUGAGAGAUGAAGCAUUAUUUCCAGUGUAGGUUUAAAAUUUACAACUGAAAUAGUUUUCAUUUCCAUUUGCAAAAAUUAUGUCUUUGUCAAAUUGCUGCAUGCACUUAAAUGAAGAAAAAAAAGACUUCCUGUGUAAUGAAUUUACUAACCUUGACAUUUUACGUGCACAUUUUUUUCUUUUAAUGAAAAAAAGGAGCAGCAUCUGUUUUGCACGUUCAUUAAAGGAGAAUGUAUGUACUUCUCACUGUAGGGGAAUUGGCAAUAACGCUUUUACAAUUAGACUAUUUUUCUUCCCAGUGAAAUGUUGAAAGGUGUUGACUGAUUCUGCGUCGGUGUCAGACAUCGUCGGCCAACCCCGUGUUCUGUAUCCACGCCGUGUCACGCCUGUCCUUCCCCCGCCGCACUGACCCGUUGUCAUGAAUGAAAGUUCCAGUUUUUACAUGAUUACAUUGUGAAAUGUAAAGGUAGAGAAAUUUACCCCCCCCCAGUUUUAUUGAUUUUUGCAUCUGUGCCUUUUAUUUUAAUGUUCAAACUUUUCUUAUGCCCAUUUCUGAAUAUAUAUUUCUGCUUAGUUAGGCCUUGUAAUUCCAAUUGCACAAUACAAAUAUAUAAGCUAUCGUUGUAUCCAGUCUGUAUCUUAAGACAUUGAGAUCUGUCUAAGGACUUCUUUUCUUGGUCAUCAGAUGUUCUGACUUUAGUUCUAGAGGUGACGUACGAGAGAGAAGAGCUGGCAGCUGGCCAGAUGUUCAGCUGGUUUAUGUGGAGUUUGUACACAUGGCAUUUCGCUGAACUGCGACACAGCGUGUUUACCAGCACGCAGCCAUGGUUCUCAUGUCUGUAGUUUUGAUUGCAGAGCUAAAUUAGCCUCCUUAAUUCGCAUUAUUUUUGCAGUUUUAUUAGCUAGAGUUGAAUGACGGGCCGCAGUGGUUAGCGCGGUCGCCUCACCGUGAGAAGGUCCUGGGUUCGAGCCCCGGGGUAGUCCAACCUUGGUGGGUCGUCCCGGGUCGUGCUCUGUGUGGAGUUUGCAUGUUCUCCCUGUGUCCGUGUGGGUUUCCUUCCGCAGUCCAAAGACACGUAGGUCAGGUGACUCGGCCGUACUAAAUUGCCCCUAGGUAUGUGUGUGUGUGUGUGUGUGUGUCAGCCCUGUGAUGGCCUGGCGGCCUGUCCAGGGUGUGUCCCCGCCUGCCGCCCAAUGACUGCUGGGAUAGGCUCCAGCAUCCCUGCGACCCUGAGAGCAGGACAAGCGGUUCGGAUAAUGGAUGGAUGGAUGGAUGGAUGGAUGGAUGGAUGGAUGGAUGACAAGCCACUUUUUUCAGGCCUUGAAGGAGAACCUGGCAGUUCUGCGGUGUGUCGACCCACACGUCAGUUUCGGUUGUUUUUGUUUUUCCUGUGUUUGUGUCAUGUCUUGCAUUUGGUGCUGUCGGUGAAAGCCGGAUCUCCUGUGCGCGCGGUUCGGUCGUGACACCAUUUGUGGCUCCUCUGUGUGGCUCGUUACGUUUCUGCUGACAAUCGGGGAGGGACGGCGCCCUAAUGACGCAUCAGCCCGCUCACCCCCCCCCCCCCCGCCGACAUUCCCUCUGCGACGUAAAGGAGGAGACGCCGUGCUGUAAAUAUCUUGUAUUUUCUAACCUUGUGCGUUCUUACGUUGUGCGUAACGCUGGUGUUUGUCGGCGUCGGCGCUCGCUCGACGGGCGCGUGGUGUCGGCGGGGCGCGCGCCGACUUCUCGGAUCGACGAGGAAGCCGCUCCGCUCGGGGCGCGAGCGCGGCGUUCUGAGUCUUUGUACAUAUGUUGUGGUCGCCACCCGUAAAAAAAAAAGGGCCAUUUUUUGGGUUGUUGUUGAGCUUUUAAAAAAGCCAAUUAUGGAUCCACGGCGUGUUCCGGUUGGUUCUCUAACGCGCUCCCC